UGCUUUCAUAUCCGCAGGAAGCUUCUGGCCGAUCAGGCCUCGGUUGAGCGCUCACGCCGGCCGGUCGUUGGACGAUUAGCUCGAGAAAAAGACAAGGAUUCACUUUUUUUUUUUUUUUUAAACUUUUUUUCGUUUGGUUGGUUGGUUGUUUUUUUUUUUUUUUUUUUUUUUUAAACUGCAAAUGUUGUUGAAGUUGUUUCGGCAAAGCAGCAUGUAACCACUUUCGAAGUUUUGGAGCAAUCGAACCAACGGGACGACGAGGCACUUGUAAUGGGGAGACGUCGGCUGUGGCUUUUCCUGGUCGCCGUGGGAAACGCGUUCCUUUGCGCUUCCCGCGCAAAGAACCCCGAGUUCCCCUCAAACACGCUCAUCAAUAACGUGGUCCAAGACCCCCGCACGGGACGGCUGUACGUGGGCGCGGUCAACAACCUCUACCAGCUGUCCUCCGACCUGGUCGCGGAAGCCCACGUGGAGACGGGCCCCCGGCGGGACAACCGGCAGUGCACGCCGCCCAUCACGGAUACCUGCGAGGAUGCGACUGAAACGGACAACCACAACAAGCUCCUCCUGGUGCACGGCGCCGAGGACAGGCUGGUGGUGUGCGGGAGCAUCUUCAGGGGCAUCUGCUCCCUCAGGAACCUCAGCAACGUGAAGGACGUGGUCUACUUCAGCGACAACAAGGGCGAGAAGUCCUACGUGGUGAGCACCGAGGAGAGCGUCUCGGUGGUGGGCGUCAUGUCCUAUUUCACCAAGGACAGAGACAACUUCACGGUCUUCCUGGUCGCCAAAGGCUACGGCAGCCACGACAGCACCAAGCUCAUCUCCACGCGCAUCCUGCGGGACUACGGCGAGUGGAACAUCUUCGAGAACAUCAUCGACGCCUCGGCCGUGCAGGCCAACCCCUUUGUGCUGCGCUACCUGCACGACUUCCGCUUCGCCUUCAAGGACGGCCGCUUCGUCUACUUCCUGUUCUCCCGCACCCUCGGCUUGCAGGACACCAAAAAUUUCACCUUCAUCUCGCGGCUGUGCGAGAGCGACGAGAGCUACUACUCGUACACCGAGCUGCAGCUCAAUUGCAGCGCCGCAAACAAGUUCAACAAAGUUCAGGCCGCCUACGUCGCGACGCCAGGCGAGGUUUUGGCUCAGAAUCUGACCAGAUUGGACCAAUAUGGACCCGUCCUGGCCUCUGACAAGGUUCUGUUUGUGACCUUCACCUCCGAUGAGGACCCGACCACCUCAGCCAUGUGUAUGUACCCUCUGCGCGACAUAAACAUGAGGAUGCUGCAGAUCAUCAGCGCCUGCUACAGCGACUACGGCAUCGUCGACAACAAGCCGGCCGUCUACUCGCCGUACUCCACCAAGCCGGAGGCGCUUUGCGGCAAACCAAAUCCGCGCUACAUGGCGGACCAUUUCGACUGCGGCGCCGAGUUCCUGCCGUCGCCGGUGGCCGGCAACGCCGAGGUGGCCCUGGUGGCCGAGCCCUCCCUGGUCCGCAAGGGGGUCGUGACCGCCGUGGCCGUCGCCGUGGAGAUGGGGCACGCCGUGGCCUUCCUGGGCACCGCCAGCGGAGAGGUGCUCAAGUUGCAUCUGUCAGCCCACCCGGAGGUUUACGGCUGGGCGUCGGGCGACGUGACCGGCGACAAAGUCAACAAGGAUUUGCUGCUGGACGCUCAGCAGCAGCACUUGUACAUCACCAGCGAGAAGAAGAUCACCAAAGUCCCGGUGCAGUCGUGCCACCUGAAGACGGACUGCCAGUCCUGCGUGGCCCUCAAGGAUCCGUACUGCGGUUGGUGCGUGCUGGAGGGAAGGUGCACCAGGAAGCAGGACUGCAGCAGGUGGACGGAGGACAACACGUGGCUGUGGUCCCCCGACCGGCAGUGCGUCGAGAUCCGGGCCUUCCGGCCGCCCAAUCUCAGCUGCCACAAGACGCAGCAGGUGGACAUCAUCAUUUCGGCGCUGCCCAGGCUCAAACAGUCGGACCGGCUGCACUGCGAGUUCGACGGCUCGCGCAGCGGCGCCGUCGCGACGGGCAGCCCGGCCGUCGUCACCUGCUCCCUGCCGGACCCCGCCGAGAUCCCGGCCGCUCCCGAGCCCCAAGACUUUGUGUCGGUGCCGGUGAAAGUUGUGUUGAACCAAAAAAUCGUGGUGACGUCGGGCGAAUAUCACUUCUACAACUGCGCCGCGACGGUCAGGAAGAAUCCCAACACGCCGUGCAUUUCCUGCGUGACCAGCGGGUGGGGCUGCCAGUGGGACGCCCGCCAGCACCGAUGCAGCGACGCGGACGGCGCCGCGGACGGGGGGCACGUCAUCAAACCGCAACAGCCGGAGCGCUGCCCUCAGUUCGGGUCGCCGCAGCCGCCGCUGAUCCCCGCCGGCUUCGAGGUUCCCGUCGCCUUCCAGGGCAAAAAUCUCGACAUCUACUCGGGUCGACGCUUUUUGCUGGGCACGGAGCUGAUGAAGCAGACGGAGGAGGAGGCGACGCAGGAGGGCGGGUCCAACUUCAGGUUCCGAGGCUACAAGUUUUCAUACGACAAGCGGCAGGAAGUGAACGUUUCCUUCCACGUCACCGAACGCGACACCGAGCGCAGGAUUGACAGCACGCUCACGGUGGUCGUGUACAACUGCUCGGUGGGCAGAGACGACUGCAGCCUUUGCAAACACGCCGACGCCAAGUACGAGUGCGUGUGGUGCGCCGCCGCGCAGGCGUGCGUCUACCGGCGACUGUGCGCGACCCCGCCGCCCGCCUCGUGCCCCCCGCCGAAAAUCACCGACAUCGUCCCUCGCUUCGGGCCGCUCAACGGCAACAUCUCGGUGACCAUCAAAGGUUCCGACAUGGGCGUCAAGAAGGACGACAUCAAGAGGAUCAGCGUGGCCGGCGUCAAGUGUCGACACCUGCCGCACAAAUACUCCGUCUCCACCAGCGUGUCGUGCCAGAUCGGGCCGGCCAAGCGGCCGCCAUUUGACGUCGAGGUGGGGUCUGAGAGCGGCGUGGUGGAGGUGGAAGUGGACGGCGGGGGGACGGGGAGGUCUCAGGUGGUCUUCACCUAUCGCGACCCCCAACCACGCCUCGUCCAGCCCAGCAAAGGUCCGGCCGCCGGGGGGACCGUCAUCACCAUCGACGGGGACCGCCUGGACACGGCCAGCAAAGAUGACGUCACCGUCUCCGUGGGCGGAGUUCCGUGUCAAGUCCUUUCGUUCGGCAAACGCAUCACGUGUAAGACGGGAAAGUACAGCGGGCAGAAGGUUCCGUCGGACUUCCUGCCGGUGAAGGUCAACUACGGGUACGACACCAGCAAGGAGGUGGCGGCCGCCUUCCAGUACGCCGAGAACCCCAAGAUCGCCGACUACGCCCCCAAGUCCAGCUUCGCGUGCGGCGGGCGGCGGAUCGCGGUGACGGGAACCGGCUUCGACCUGAUCCAGAACGCCAGCUUGAGGGUGACGUCCGCCGCGGACGACUUCUCGCAAGACAGCGCGCCGAUGGAGUUUGUCCAGGAAUCGGAGAGUAAGAACGACAGCGUGCUGGUGUUCCUGUCGCCGGCGGUGGUCUGGAGCGACAGCCGCACGCUGCGCACCGUCCUGCUGCUGGACAACCUGCCGGAGGAGCUCAAGGCCUUCACCUACCACCCGGACCCCACCUUCAACGAGCUCUCCAAGACCGUCAUCACCGAGACCAGCGUCAUCAUCGUCACCGGUCGAGGCUUCGCCAAGGCCAUGACGGCCGUGGAGGCGCAGGCGUUUGUCGGGGACGCGUCGUGUAACGUUAGCAUACUUCAGGAUGACAAGUUGAUCCUGGACGCGCCGUCGUCUCGGCCCCGGCCCAGACCCCAAGCCCAAGCGCAACGCCAACGGAAACGCCGAGACGUUGCCAACGACCCGCUGGAGUUGGUGGUGAAGUUCGGCCACGGCGAGUGGACGGUGGGCUCCGUGUACUACGCGUGGAAGGACGACAUCCCGCUGGCCGUCAUCAUCCCCGCCGUCAUCGUGCCCAUGCUGCUCUUCGUCGCCGUGUCCGUCUACUGCUACCGGAGGAAGAGUCGGCAGGCCGAGCGCGAGUACGAGAAGGUGAAACAUCAGCUGGAGAACUUGGAGGAGAGCGUCAGGGAUCGAUGCAAGAAGGAGUUCACGGACCUGAUGAUGGAGAUGGAGGACCACACCAGCGAGCCCAGCGAGGCCCGCAUCCCCUUCCUGGACUACAAGACUUACACGGAGCGCAACCUGUUCCUGCCCUCCGAGGACGGCGCCUCCCCGGUGGCGCCGGGCCGCGUGCACGUCCCGGAGUCCCGCAGGGCCAUCGUGGCCCAGGCCCUCAACCAGUUCUCCAACCUGCUCAACAGCAAGCCCUUCCUCAUCAACUUCAUCCACACGCUGGAGAGUCGGCCCGAGUUCAACGCGCGCGCCCGCGGCGAUUUCGCCUCCCUCCUGACGGUGGCGCUGCACGGCAAGCUGGUCUACUACACCGACAUCACGCGGACGCUCCUCCUGGAGCUCAUCGACGAGCACGUGCACAACAAGAACCCCAAGCUGAUGCUCAGGAGGUCCGAGACGGUGGUGGAGAGGAUGCUGUGCAACUGGAUGUCCGUCUGCCUCUACCAGUUCCUCAGGGACAGCGCCGGCGAGCCGCUGUACAAGCUCUUCAAAGCGCUGAAGCAUCAGGUGGGGAGAGGACCGGUGGACGCCAAGGUGAAGAAGGCCAAGUACACGCUCAACGACACGGGCCUGCUGGGAGACGACGUGGAGUAUUCCGGACUGACGCUGCAGGUUUCGGUGCACGGGGAAGGCCCCGACGUGACGCCCGUCAAGGUGCUCAACUGCGACACCGUUUCGCAGGUGAAAGAGAAAAUCAUCGAUCACGUGUACAGGAACCUGCCGUACUCGCAGAGACCGAAAGUGGAAAGUGUGGCACUGGAGUGGCGCCCCGGCUCCACGGGUCAGAUUCUGUCCGACCUCGACCUGACUUCGCAGAAGGAGGGACGCUGGAAGAGACUCAAUACUUUGGCGCAUUACAACGUCCAGGACAACGCCACCCUGGUUCUGUCCAAGGUUUUGCACGCUCAGGCCUUCCACCAGCACCAAGAGAGCUGCGACGAGCGGAACGCCCUGCUGGAGGAGGACGACGACACCUUCCAUCUGGUGCGAGCGGCCGACGAGCUGGACGAGGUCAAGUCCAAGCGGGGCAGCGUGAAGGACAAGUCCAUGACCAAAACCAUCACCGAGAUCUACCUGACGCGUCUGCUCUCCGUCAAGGGGACGCUGCAGCAGUUUGUGGACGACUUUUUCCGCAGCGUCCUUUGCUCCGACGUCGCCGUGCCGCCCGCCGUCAAGUACUUCUUCGACUUCCUGGACGAGCAGGCGCUGCGGCACGACAACGUGGACGAGGAGACGCUGCACAUCUGGAAGACCAACAGCCUGCCGCUGCGCUUUUGGGUCAACAUCCUGCGCAACCCGCACUUCAUCCUGGACGUGCACGUGAGCGAAGUGGUGGACGCCUCGCUGCACGUCAUCGCGCAGACCUUCAUGGACGCCUGCACCAAGACGGAACACAAGCUCAGCCGCGAGUCGCCUAGCAACAAGCUGCUCUACGCUAAGGAGAUCUCCACCUACAAGAAGAUGGUGGAUGAUUACUACAAAGGUAUAAGACAGAUGGUUCCCGUCAGCGACCAGGACAUGAACACGUACCUCGCAGAGGUGUCGCGGCAACACACAGACCAGCUGAACACGCAGUCGGCCUUGCACCAGCUGUACCAGUACGCCAGCAAGUACUACAACGUGAUCAUGCGGUCUCUGGAAGAAGACCCGGCGGCGCAGAACCGGCAGCUGACGAUCCGACUGCAGCAGAUCGCCGCCGCCCUGGAGAACAAAGUCACGCAUCUCUGACGCGCUUGUCGAGACGUUUUGGACCGACGGGAGCGCCUGGUGUGGACUUCCUGUGCGUGUGAGGCCUUCGCAGGAAGUCAGAGAAGAUGUUGACAAAAGCGCCUCAUCGAGUGGCAAAAUCCCGUCACCUGUAAGGCAAAACCCACAUUUUGAGCUUUCAGAUGCUGACAAAAGACUGAAUCUUCAUUUUUUUUUCCACAUGCACUAUUUGUUCAUUUUAUAAUAAUCCUCUCUGUGGUACUUUUUGCUUUUUAUUGUUAAAGAAAUGUGAAGCUUCCUUUUGAAGGUUUUCUUUGCUGUUCUGAUAUUCAGACGCGUUUAGGAGCUCUUUCCACACAUUUAUUUUAGAGUUGAUCUCAGUUGCAGAUGUGACAAAAGUGGCGGUGGGUCAAUUGUGGAAAAAAAAAAAAAAAACUUAUUGGUGGCCACAAAAUGUAAUCUCACCCCCCCCCCCCCCCCCCCCCCCGGCUUCCCAAAUCAUGCUCUGCGUCUGUAUUCUUGCAAACUGAAUGUUUGCUUCGGCCGCCACGGAGUGCCUUUCAGGAGGAGUUGGUCUCGAAUAUGUUUGGGACUUGUGUACAUGGAUUUUUUUAUUUUGAGACUGUAGAAGCAUUUGAAUGUUAAAAAAAAAAGAAAAUGAAGGUACUGAUAUGUCACAAUCUAGAUGUAACACAAAUGUAUCAUCUGAGCUCAUUUCAUUCUGUGUAACGUGCACAUAAAAUACAGUCAAUCAAAUGUCA